UUUUUGGCGGCGAGGGCUGGCGACAUCCGAUUCUGGCAAUUGGAGAGCGUGCGUCGCUGCAGGUUGACUGGCAAGGUUCUCAACUCGGCACUGGGAGAUGGACCAGAGGUGACCAUGAAGACGGAUUUCAAGUUCUCCAAUCUGCUGGGAACAGUCUACUGCCAGGGCAAUCUGCUGUUCAGCCCUGACGGGACGCACCUUUAUUCGCCCGUCGGCAACCGAGUCACCGUCUUCAACCUCGUCGAAAACAAAUCUUACACCCUCCCCUUCGCCCACCGGAAGAACAUCGCGCGCAUCGGCCUGACCCCGCAGGGCAACCUCCUCCUCUCGAUCGACGAAGAUGGCCAGGCCGUGCUGACCCACGUCCCGCGCCGCGUCGUGCUCUACCACUUUUCCUUCAAGUCGCGGGUGACGGCCCUGUCCUUCUCGCCCUCCGGACGCCAUUUCGCGGUUGGGCUGGGCAGGAAGAUCGAGGUCUGGCACGUUCCGUCGACCCCGGACUCCAACGCCGAGGGCGACCUCGAAUUUGCGCCCUUCGUGCGCCACCACGCACACACGCAGCACUUUGACGAUGUCCGGCAUAUCGAGUGGUCGAGCGACUCGAGGUUCUUCCUCAGCGCGUCGAAGGACCUCACCGCGAGGAUAUGGAGCUUGAAUGAGGAGGAGGGUUUCACGCCCACAGUCCUGUCAGGUCAUAGGCAGGGCGUAGUGGGCGCGUGGUUCUCCAAGGACCAAGAAACAAUAUAUACCGUCAGCAAGGAUGGCGCCGUGUUCGACUGGCAGUACACCACGAAGCCGGGCCAGGGUGAGGACGAGAUGGUAGACGAGUCGGAUAUGCAGUGGCGGAUCGUCAACCGACACUACUUCAUGCAGAACGCGGCAACCCUCCGAUGCGCCGCCUUCCACGCCGACUCGAACCUGCUUGUCGCCGGAUUUUCAAACGGCCUCUUUGGACUAUACGAGAUGCCCGAUUUUAACAUGAUCCACACGCUCAGCAUCUCGCAGAACGAGAUCGAUUUCGUGACGAUCAACAAGAGCGGGGAGUGGCUGGCUUUCGGCGCGUCCAAGUUGGGCCAGCUCCUCGUGUGGGAGUGGCAGUCCGAGUCGUACAUCUUGAAGCAGCAGGGGCAUUUCGACUCGAUGAACGCACUGGUCUAUUCGCCCGAUGGUCAGCGCAUUGUCACCACGGCAGACGACGGCAAGGUCAAGGUCUGGGACAUCGAGUCGGGCUUCUGCAUAGUAACGUUUACAGAGCACACGAGCGGCGUGACGGCCUGCGAGUUUGCGAAGAAGGGCAACGUGCUCUUCACCGCGAGUCUGGACGGGUCCGUCAGAGCAUGGGAUCUGAUCCGGUACAGGAACUUCAGGACCUUCACCGCUCCCGAGAGGCUGUCCUUCUCGUGCAUGGCGGUCGAUCCCAGCGGCGAGGUUGUCGCUGCGGGCUCCGUCGAUUCCUUCGACAUCCACAUCUGGUCCGUCCAGACCGGCCAGCUGCUCGACCGAUUGUCCGGCCACGAAGGACCCGUGUCGUCUCUUGCCUUCGCCCCGAACGGCGGCCUGCUCGUCAGCGGCAGUUGGGACAGGACGGCGAGGAUAUGGUCCAUUUUCAGCAGGACGCAGACCAGCGAGCCGCUGCAGCUGCAGUCGGACGUCUUGGACAUUGCGUUCAGGCCCGACUCGCUCCAAAUCGCCAUCUCCACGCUGGACGGGCAGCUGUCGUUCUGGUCCGUCUCGGAGGCCCAGCAGAUCUCCGGCGUCGACGGACGUCGUGAUGUCUCUGGAGGCCGCAGGAUCACGGACCGCAGGACGGCCGCAAACGUGGCGGGGACCAAGAGCUUCAACACCAUCCGCUACAGCAUGGAUGGGUCUUGUCUGCUGGCCGGCGGGAACAGCAAGUACAUCUGCCUGUACUCCGUCACCACCAUGGUGCUGCUCAAGAAGUUCACCGUGAGCGUCAACCUGUCGCUGUCGGGCACCCAAGAGUUCCUGAACAGCAAGCUCCUCACCGAGGCGGGGCCCGCCGGGCUGCUUGACGAGCAAGGCGAGGCCUCGGACUUCGAAGACCGGAUCGACAGGUCCCUGCCCGGCUCCAAACGCGGCGACCCGUCGGCGAGGAGGAAGAUGCCGGAAGUGAGAGUAACCGGGGUGGCGUUCUCGCCGAGCGGCUCGUCCUUCUGCGCGGCGUCCACGGAAGGCCUGUUGAUCUAUAGCCUCGACAGCACAGUCCAGUUCGACCCGUUCGACCUGAACAUGGAGAUCACGCCCGCGUCGACGCUCGCCGUGCUCCAGCAGGAGAAGGACUACCUCAAGGCUCUCGUCAUGGCCUUCCGCCUGAACGAGGCCGGCCUCAUCCAGCGCGUGUUCCAGGCCGUCCCCUACCCGGACAUCGGCCUGGUUGUGGAGCACUUCCCGACCGUGUACGUGGCGCGGCUGCUGCGGUACGUGGCCGCGCAGACGGAGCAGUCGCCGCACGUCGAGUUCUGUCUGCUCUGGAUCAAGGCCCUGGUGGACAAGCACGGCGCGUGGCUGACGGCCAACCGGGGCAAGGUGGAUGUGGAGCUGCGGGUUGUAGCACGCGCGAUUGCUAAGAUGAGGGACGAGAUCCGGCGACUUGCGGAUGAGAACGCGUACAUGGUGGAUUACCUGCUCGGCCAGGCCAACAGCGCGGCGGACGGGCCGAGAAGUUUGGAGACGGACGGCGCGGAGGAGCUUGGGUUAAAAGCUCUGCCGUCGUCGAAGAAGGAGGUAACGAUACACGACAUCAUGGCUGAAGACGCUGCGGAGAGCGAGGAGGAAUGGAUCGGGCUAGAAUAGGUAGGCAUAAAAAGGAAGGCGUUAGGAAUAACAACUACAGGACUGCUACACAAGCUAUCGUUUGCUAUCAUCCACAGUGCAGUUCGGACGGACUCUCUGCCAGAUAUGUUCACGCAUUCUGCUCGACUCGUCCCAUUUCAAAUGUCCGGGAAAUCCUGCCGCAGUCAGCUUGUCAUCACUGAUUCCUCAGGGGCGUCGGCGCAGACCUACCUUCCACGCGCUGUCAAACCCACCACCGCGCACCCAAUGCGGCCCGGGCGCCUCAACCGAGUCGACGAUCAGAUGGGCCACUUUCUUCCACAUAUCGUCACCCCUG